GCACAGGGCCUGUAGUUUGAAAGCUGUCUGGGCCCGGACGAGUGUAGCCACAUUGCGAACAAAGUUGCAAUAUUUUGAAAUAAAAAUCAGGAAUUAUCGAGCCGUUUUCGUCUCGGAAAUACGCCCGAUGCUCUUCGACCAUGCGGUGGCAACAUCGGGCCGGGAUCCUCGGAGGCAGCCGUGUUUGUGAGCGGGUUUGUUUCUCUGAAUGUUGACUGAGUUUGCAGGGAGAGAAAAGAAAGCUAAAGGUGCUUUAGCGGUUAGCCUCGUGUGCUACCCACUUCCUUGUUGCACAUUGAAGUGAGAUGGAAGGAGAGAAGAAGUUUGUCAGAGGGAGACGGAGUGAUUUUCUUCUAUUUUAACACUAUCCGGCAGCGGCGACGUUUCUAAAGCGCUGGAUUUGAGAUUUGCAGCCGAUCCGGGCCUUUGCUUUGACCAUGAAACACAGUUAGCUUCGGCGGCUAGCAUUUCUGGAAGAUGUCCGUCCUGGAACACAAUGGUUGAGUACCGACUUGCUUUAUAGCUCAGCUCUAUAUUAUUAAUUUUACCUAAAAAGAGCCGAGUGUCAUGAAUUAGUGCCUCAGGUGACUAUUUUCCCAGCUUUGUAAUGCUAACGGUUAGCUUGUGACGGCUAACUGUGAAUCUGCUAACUAGCCUGUUAACACAGCUAGCUCCAAUGUUUUGUCUCCCGACACAGCAAGAAACACAGCUUAGGGGGAAGUUUAUAGUUUAAAGGUUAUUCUCAGCGUGGCUGUAGUGUCAGUAUUGUAGUUAAAUGCCGAACACGGAGGUGCUUCGGGAGGGUCGGGGCCGGAGCCCCUCCGCUCAGAGGAAUGCUAACAGGCAGGACCGGCGGAGUAAGCCGGGGAGCGGGGCUGCUCAGAGGGACAGGCACCGGGAGAAGAGGCGCUCCUCGGCUUCUAGGAGGAAGAAACGCAGGCAGGCCAGGCAGAGAGAGUUGUGGCUUACAGGUGCGUUAGGCGACCCCGAUAAUAACCGAAAAAGCACUUUUGAAAGAGAGGCUGAACUUCAGACAUUGGUGGAGUACGACGACGUGAGCUCCCAGUCUGAGCGCUUUUCAGGGAGCCCUUCUCCUAAACUUGACCCCCAUGCUGACAGCCUCUCAGCGGACCGACUCAGCGAUGUUGACUUUGGUGAAUACAACGGACCAGCAACACCAGACAAAACCCACCCGAGAGACAGGGAGGCUGUUUGUAUUAGCAAAGACGAACAAACCAGAGGACCAUCAGAGAGGAGUAAACAGCAGCAAGAGAAGGAGAAGGAGAAGGAGGCAGGUAGGAAAAAGGAGCGCCAGAGCCGAGAGAGAGACUCCUCCAAAGCAAGGAGUGGAGUUAGCCUGAGUGGCUCUAAGAACCACAGAGACACUACAAGAAGCAGUGACAGGAAUGGCAAGAGGACAUCUUCCUCUCAGUCAUCGCAAUCUGCAGAUAAGAGGGAUUCAAAGAGGCACAGGAGUAAAACGAGAUCUGACAAAGAGACCCCAUCUGCAUACAGAGAUGCUCCUCAGUCUUACAGAGAUGACCGCGAAGAGCUCAGGGCAUACAGGAGAAGUCCUGGUUUCAAAGCAGAAAGUCCAAUCGGGACGUCUUAUUCCUAUAGCUACCAGUCUCCUGGUGGUUAUAACCAGCUAAUACCUAGAAGAAGUCCAACGUAUGGGAGCAAAAGACUCUCUCCCUCUUCCGCGUAUUUUAGUAGGGAUUCAGAUGUAUACGGGGCGUACGGGAUGCCAAAGUCUCCCAGUUCAUACUCCAGCAACAAAAGGAAGAGGUCCCCCUCAAGCCCGGUGAACUGGCGCAGGUCCCCGAGUUAUGGGCGGCACAGUCCAUACGAACAAGGAGAAUUUGGGUCGAGUCCAUAUGGGAACAGAAGGAGAUCAAGAAGUCCAUACAGGAAGUCCCUGAGCCCGAGUCCAGAUGUCAGGUGAGUCUUUUCAAAGCAACUAAAUGCAAGAUGUGUGCUGAUUUGUUGGUUGUCGUGUUUGUGUAUUUAUUUGCAUCUUUGUGGUUGAGGGUUUGCAGGAUAUGCAGGAAUUUUGUCUAUUAAAUUAAUCAAUGUUUUGAUCGGCAUGCCAUCAACUCUCAAAGACAUGAAUCGUAGAGCGACUAUUAUUGUUUUAUUACUCACAUUGAUGGUUUGAGUUGAUGUCCCGUGAACAGAGGCCAGAGGCUUCACUGCUGUGGUUACUAGUCAUGACACUUUCCCGCAUGUCAUACCUCUUUUUCUACUUCCCAUAUUUUCUGUCUCUCCUUUAGGGGUAGGAGAGAAAAUCGAUUCACAUAAGUAUCCUGAUAUUUUGUUUUACGAUUUUUAAAUAGAUUUUUAAGUUCAAAAAAUAAAAUUUUAAGUUAAAGUUAAAAAAAAAAUCAAAUUUAAGAAUAAAUCUUAAAAACUGAUUUACAUGUGGUAUGUAUUUUUGGGGGAAAUAUGGUUCUUGGAAUAGUCAGUAGACAAUCAUAAUCAUUCAACUGUUUCACUCGUGUUAAAAAUGCAGACUGAAGAUCGAGAGAAUUGACAAUAUCGCAGAAUCGCAAUUUAAAUCAAAUCGGCAUCCAGAAACUCGUAAAAGAAUCGAAUCAGGAGAAAAGCAUAUCAUCCCAGCCCUCAUCUCCUAAGUCAUCCUUUUGAACAGUUUUAAAAAGUGUGCUCGAGUAGAAGUGGCGUGAACAGCCGUCUAAACUGCCAACAGUUUAGUCUGAAAUGGUGUGUUCAGACAGCAGGAGACACUAUAAAUCCAGAAUCCCCAAACAGACGUCAAAAACCUGCAUUUCCCACUUAAAGGAUGUGUGAGAAAUUCACCCCUCCUCUGUCGUCUUUUUGGCUUUUUCCCUUUUGCUCAAGAUUAUAAAUCUUAACUUAAAGUCAGAGUUUGUUCAAGGUCACCAAAGCAAAGUCACUCAUGCGUCUCUUCUGCUGCAAGGUUGUUCUCAUGUCACGUCAGCUGAUGUAAAUUAUUGUGGUGAGGCGAUCCGCUCUUAUAGUCAAUCAUCUAUCAGUUAACAGAUGCUCAGAUUGGCUCUGAUCCACAAGUCGAGACUGGGACCUCUGAAACAAACAAUAAGAAGCACUCUGAAGUUUUUUUUUCUUUCUUUUUCUUUCUUGUGUGUUUUUUAUAACGACAUGUGAUUGUGUUGCUACAAAAGCCUGUGACCACACUCUUAGAAGCAUAAGCAGAAUGUGAGAAACCUGUUUUAGCUUGAUUUGCAUGUUACUAUCCAUGGCCCCUGCGUUCUUCAAAUUUACAUACACACGAGAUGUCUUUUUAUCUCAUGCAAAGCAGCGAAUAGCUGUCACAUGAAGUUCACGAAGCUGAUGCAAAGAUAUCUGUUUUAUUUUUCUUUCAGGCGAACCGCCAGGUCACGCAGCAGAAGUCCGUAUUCGUCUUCGAGGCACUCACGGUCUCGCAGCCGCCACCGCCACUCCCGUUCCCGCAGCCGCCCCUCCAGCCUCUCCCCCAGCACGCUCACCUUCAAAACCAGCCUGGCCGCUGAACUCAGCAAGCAGAAAAAGGCCAAAGCAGCAGAAGCGGCGGCUAAAGCCAAGAACUCCAGCAACACGUCGACUCCAACUAAAGGUUCCUCAUCCGCUCCCCAGCCCAGCCCCAAGUCCAAUCAGUCAUCCAGGAAGGGACGCCCUCCUUCCCCACCGCCACCUCAACCGGAGAAAGGUCCCAGAACUCCCACCUCCAGCCAGCCUCAGUCCCCCUCUGACCGGACGACCAAGAGGACCACAGAGCACCACACCAGCAGAGACAGAGACGGAAAGGGGAGAGACGACUCGGUACAUCGGGACAAACGGAAAGCACUAACAUCUGGACAGAGCAAAGACAAGGAAAGAGCCAGCGUCCCCCUCAUCUCCCCUCUAUCCUCCCUCCCACUGCCGCAGACAGUUCUCGAGCACAUGGACAAAGGAGACAGGUAUGGUGUGAAGCUGUGCGGUGUAAAAUAAUUCACACUUGUACUCGAUUACCCAGACUUCCUCACUCUCUUUGUCUUCUAUCAGUUUGAAGGACAGCUUGCUCUCAGGAAAGCGAAAGUCAGAGAAAAAGGCACGUCCGCUUCUCACUGACCUGCCUCUGCCGCCUGAACUUCCCGGCGGGACGUCUUCCCCGCACAGCCCGCCUGACGACAAAAAGUCUGGAACAAUCCGUAAACGACCCAAGUACGUCCAUGCACAUUUAGUCUUCUCUUCUUCUGUCUUUUUACUUUGCGCUCACUGAAAUAUCUCCUCUGAUCACCAGAAUUUGUGGCCCAAGAUACGGUGAGUUUAAAGAAACAGAGAUAGAUUGGGGGAAACGCUGCGUGGACAAGUUUGAGAUCAUUGGAAUCACCGGGGAGGGAACCUACGGUCAGGUGUACAAAGCGAAGGACAAAGACACAGGUGAGUGUUCAUCCUUCUAAACACGGUCUAGUCUCAAGGUUGUUUAGAGACAGAGUUGAGUGUCAUGUUUGUUAUUUCUUCUCUUACAGCCGAGAUGGUGGCUUUGAAGAAGGUCCGACUGGACAAUGAGAAGGAGGGCUUCCCAAUCACUGCAAUCAGAGAGAUAAAGAUUCUGCGACAGCUCAACCACAAGAGCAUCAUUAACAUGAAGGAGAUCGUCACGGACAAGGAGGAUGCUCUGGAUUUCAAGAAUGAUAAAGGUAAAUUCUUCCUCCUCUUUAAAAUAUCCACUCACUUUCUGUUUGUUUUGUAUUUUUGCGACUUUAUCAUUUUUUUCCCCUCGUCUCAGGUGCUUUCUAUCUGGUAUUCGAAUACAUGGACCACGACCUGAUGGGUUUACUCGAGUCCGGCCUCGUCCAUUUCAACGAGAGCCACAUCAAGUCCUUCAUGCGGCAGCUGCUUGAAGGCCUCGAUUACUGCCACAAGAAGAACUUCCUGCACAGAGACAUCAAGUGUUCCAAUAUCCUGCUCAAUAACAAGUGAGUCCUCCACUUUUAUUUUCACGACGACUUUGAAGGUUUCGUCUUUUGUUACAUAAUCACACGCUUUGUUCUCGUUCUAAUCAGGGGUCAAAUAAAGCUGGCAGACUUUGGUCUCGCUCGGCUGUAUAACUCUGAGGAAAGGUGAGUAAAGAAAGGUGUUCCUAUAGAAACACACCAAGCAUAUUCAUCUGGACGGCGUUUUUGUGUGGCAGUGAUAAGACUAAAAACUUUACCCUCUCGACUUGUGCUCUCGUUUUCAGUCGACCGUACACCAAUAAAGUAAUUACACUAUGGUACCGUCCCCCAGAGCUGCUUCUGGGAGAAGAGAGGUACACGCCAGCCAUCGAUGUGUGGAGCUGCGGGUAAGAACGAACAAUCCAGUCCGAUUUGAUAAGACAUACUUUUAAUCACUUUUUUUUUUGGUCAUCUAGUGAGUGAGCUGCACCCUUUACUACGAAAGAGGAUUAGGGUCACAUGAAGAGGAAAAAUAUAAUUACAGGAAGGGGAUGAAAGUCGAAAUUUCAAGAUUGAAAAAAACGAAAUUAUGUCAAUAAAGUUGAAAUUGUGAGAUUUUCGAGAUGAAAUUCAAAUUUUGAGAUUACAAAAUGUUGAUAUGUCGUAAAUGUUGAAAUUUCAAGAUUAAAAAAAUCAAAAUUUGAGAUUAAAGUCAUAAUUUCGAUGUGACAUGAAUCAAGUCGAAAUUCUACAAAAGUUCAACGUUAAUUUCAAAAUUUCAACUUUAAACCCGAAAUGGAAAUGUAAAAAUUCUCCCUCCCGUAAUUAUUUUUUCUCUUCUUGUGGCCCUAAUCCUCUUAAGUACUUUAUACCGGUGCAGCCAAUUGUGUUGCGUUAUGAAAUAAGACCGUUUAGCAUACAGGGCUGACCAGUCGAAAGCUUUUCUUCAUCAUGACAUAAUAAACCUGCCCUGAAAGGAAAAACUGUUUUUUUUUUUCGUAAAAACACCUGAUGGAGAGCUGCUUCGAGUUAAGGCAACAAAUGAGCAGCUGAGGGUGGUUCUGGUCGAGUUGGGGUCUGUUUUUAACUAUUGUGCAGAUAACCGGUUAAGUGGAAAUACUGAGUGUCACUAUAAAGAGCUACACAUCUGCAUGAGAACAUCACAUUGCUGAACACAGUGGAAGUGUUCAUGGAUGAAACUUUUUUCCUCCAAAAACAGACUGAACCUCGAUCAUAGGUACAUCGACAGACUGUUGAUUUGAAGGCGUCUGGUAGCUUACAGUAUGCAUAACAUCCCAUUGAAAAAUAACACCUGCUCUCCCACAGCAACGAAUGAACUUGUGCAAAAGCAAAAUUUAAACUUAAGCAUGUUUGGUUUCAGUAAACAUAUAAAAACUGGAAAAAUAACUUGAAAUCAAGUCAGUACAGAAGUUCCGAUUGAAUCGGUCAAAAUAUUCAUCUACACCCAUUCUAAAAACAUCAAACAUUUCCAUUAUUAUAUUACACUGACGUGACUUUUAUAUCAAAUCUAAUAGUAAUUCAAGAGCAGUUUGUAAGUGUCUUAGUCAGAGAAAGCUCUUAGAUAGAAAAACAAAUCAUUUUAAAAGCUUUUUAUUUUCUUCUUAAACUUCUUAGGACUUUUCGAGAUUUUUGUCACGAAUGUGUGAUUUAAAAAUCACCAAAACUUUGUUACUUCACAUGUGCUUUUUUUUUUUUAAUUUACCACAAAAUAAACAAUGACUGUUUAAGCUUUUGUUGUGUGUUUGAUUUGAGAAUUUCUUGAGCUCUUUGAUUUAUUUUUACUGAACUUGAUCUCUUAUAACAGAUUUUCACACAUUACAGAGUGUUUUUAUGCUAAAUUACUUUUAUUGGAUAUCACACUUAAAGAGAGACAGGAUAUUUUUGGAGUAGAGACAUGAAAUGACUGGUUGUGGCUGAGAGUUGACCAAUCUUUUAAAAUUAUUCGACUUUACAUUUGAUCGUUUCCCUCUUUAAUUCUCCUGUGUGUCUUUAAUUUUUUACAGAUGCAUUCUGGGAGAACUGUUCACAAAGAAACCAAUUUUCCAAGCGAAUCAGGAGCUGGCUCAGUUAGAGCUCAUCAGGUAAGUUCUCGACGAAUUCUGCAAAAACUCUUGUGUUUUGAACCCUGAUCCAGUUCUCACAUUGUGGUUCACCCACUUGAACCAGAGACACAGAUUACAAAAACAGGAAGAGAGAGGGGAGCUGAUAUUUCCACUGUUUGCUUCAGUCGACCAUAUUGCCUGUGACGCCAUCAGACGUGAUUUGAUGUGUUUAGUUGUGUCAUCUCUGCCCUUGUUAGAGGAAGUGUGAAGGUGGGAGUUAAUUCAGUGGAAGAAGGCCGCCUCUGCUCAAGGAAACUCAGUCUGUAGUCAUCGUUUUUGCUCCGAGUGUCCAAAGAAAAGAGCAGAAAGAGAAGAAGCAAAAGUGAUUCACUUUAUUAAAAUGAAGUCGGGCGAGUUCUCGGGUGUUGUCUGAAGGUGCUCUGGGGUGUGAAGGUCAUUAGUGUUCAUUAUGUCCACAAAUAGCUGCUGCGCUUUAAUCAAAUCGAGUUUCUGUCUUUUUAGCCGGAUAUGUGGCAGCCCCUGUCCUGCUGUGUGGCCAGAUGUGAUCAAACUUCCCUUCUUCAACACCAUGAAACCAAAGAAACAGUACAGGAGGCGGUUACGGGAGGAGUACGCUUUGUGAGUAUUUAUUUCUAAACCAGAUAUGUAAGAGUUAUCCCUUUAGAAGUGUGUUAUAAUCAAAUCUUUUAUCCUGUUGUUGUCAGCAUCCCUCCGUCUGCCCUCGACCUGUUCGACCACAUGCUAAACUUGGAUCCCAGCAAACGCUGCACAGCCGAGCAAGCCCUCAGCAGCGAGUUCCUGAAGGACGUGGACCCGGAUAAGAUGCCCCCACCAGAGUACGCCACACACCGACAUCCGCCCCCCCGCAGUUUACAAGCAGGAUUACAGCAUUAUUAACGACUUCUCUUAUCUCCGCAGUCUCCCGCUGUGGCAGGACUGUCACGAGCUGUGGAGUAAGAAACGCCGGCGACAGAAGCAGGUACCGGAAGAGCUGGUGGCCCCCAAGGCGCCACGUAAGGAGCUGGGCCUUGACGAUAGCCGCAGUAACACCCCCCAGGGCUUCCCCACUGCAGGAGGCGUGAAAGCUCAGAACGCAGCAGCUUCUGCACUGCUGGGUGAGAACGGCUACUGUUUGUAUUUGUGUCGUAUUACAACAUUACUAUCAGCUUGUCUCUUGCGGUAAGGAAGGUGCUCAGUGUGACGCAUCAAAAAAGUGAAUGGAAUUAUAAACCGUGAGCUUCAGCUGCUCCAGUUACAGAUCUAAUAUUCUUAGAUCUCGUUAGAUCAGCUCCUUCCUGAAUGAUUGAUUACUUCAAAGAUCUGUCAAGUCCUGCAAAGAUCCGGAUGAUUAAACAUCAAAAAGAAAUACUAAACUGAGGAAAAGGAACUAUUUCAAUGAAUUUGAGGAAAGAAAGCCCCGGGGUUCUCCCGUUCACACCAGUCAGAGUCAAUUUUUGACUGUCUGUCUUUUACAAAAGGAGAAGUUCAGUCGUGAUUCCUCUCAAUUUAAAGAAAAUCAGCAGAGAUUUGCUUUUCUGCAGGAGAACGUUCAGGGUCCACUCGCCAAAUCCGACUUCUCUCCUUGUCCGCGUAUACAUGCAGCUGAGAAAAUCGAAUUAUUGACGUGUCAUCCUUCCCAAAACUAGGUGGCGAUACGGGUCUUUUCAGCGGCGCUGUUUCCGGACCUUUUUUAAAGAUGUCUGUUCCUCAUUUUGUGACCGUCCCUAUACUUUAAAAUGUCCAUUUCUGUCAGGACGGAAAGCAUAACAGUACUCUCCUCGUCGUUCCAAAAGUGGACAUUCUUUUGUGCUUCAGCCAUGUUGCAGUUGCUUCUGAAUCGCAAGUUCUUUAAAUGAUAGUGCCACUUCUUCUCUUGUGUUUUUGUUCCGGGGUUAAGGGGGCGUGGCAUACACAGUUCUCAAACUCCAAUUAUAUUCGUGCUAAAGUGUUAACAUGCACUUCAGUUGUCCGGUCUUAAUCGGAGUAAGGCAAAAAUUCAGUUUUCUCGAGUGUCUGACUGUUUCCUCAGUGAUGUUGUGUAACUUUGACGUGCGAAGAACUGGCGCUUUUCUAUGCUGUCGUGACUGUAUGCUGGGAUGUAAAAGACGGUCCCAUUGUGUAUUGUUUUUUUUUUUUCCUUCUGGACAUUUUUGGUGGAUGAGAUCUUCAUCCAAAGAACUGCUGGUAAAACUGGCAGAAUGACAAAAAUACCGGCUUACAUAAAACCUCCGAGCAUCUCUAUGUGUGUCACUGAAAGUCUUGGAUUUAUUCUGCUGGUGUUGUUGGACUUCUCACUGUGAAUCCUUAAAAAUAUCUCAUCAUAUCUACGACUCAAGCAAGAAACAAACACCCAAAAAAAGGAAAAAUGGAACAAAUAUAAAUCUCUUCACAACACUUAAAUAUACUUGACUGUAUGUCUUGUUUCUGUUAUGGUUAAAAAAUGCAAAUAAAAUCAAAGUCUUAAACAUAUGUAUGUCAAAGUAACCAAGAAUAUUCACCAUUUACUGUAUGAACCAUUGUUUUCUGUCCUAUUGCAGAUCCAAAGGGUCCAAACUCCCAGCUAACCCAGGAGCAGCUGGCAGUCCUUCUGAACUUCCUCGGCCAGCCAAAGAGCGCCGUCAACACGGCCCAGUUUGUCCAGUCCAUGAGCACAAAGGUCAACCAGGAAACAUUACAGCAGCUCUCCAAAGCUCUCGCUCCCUCCGACCCCGCAGAGCCUCAGCCCACGCCCACCAAACCCCCGCAGCCCGCCGCUCCAGCAGGAGUGCCCCGCACACCCCCGAUGCCCAAACCUCCUUCGCCUCCCAUGUCGGCACCUCCAGGUAUUCCGGAAGGAGAGGCGGCGGCAGCCACGCAGACGGCCAUGACCAUGCUGCUGGCUCAGCUGCUCCAGGCUCAGCAGGCUCAGAGGCAGGAAGUUGGAGAUAGUGGAGACGGAGCAGAAAUCGCCAACCCUGCAGGAGGAGCAGCGGCAGGAGCAGCAUCAACAGGAGCAGCGGCGCAGCUUCUACCUCCUGAUGUCAAACAGCCUCCUGAGCCCAGUCCUGUUUCUCCGGGUAAACCAGGUUUCCUUUGGAGAUGAUGUGCACCCCUGUCCCAACCCCUAAACAUUUAGAAUAAGCAUGUUGUGAUAAAACUGAAUGAAUUUGUUUACAAUGUUUUAACCUUUAAAAAUGUCUCCAGUGUCUGAAGUAGGAGGAGUUUCCAUUCUGCCUCCAGACCAGAGACCUCCUGAGCCUCCCGAGCCGCCUCCUCAUGCCGACCUCGACUACAGGCAGCCGCCGCCUGAGCCUAAGACUGGCCACGCCCCUCCUAUCGCUUCUGCAGGUGGAGGUGACGGAGGGAGACCCCCAGAGCCAGACUACCCACCCCUCCCUACAGCAGAGGGGCCAGGCUAUGGAGGAGACUACAGCCACCCUCCUCCCCCACCUUUCACUCCUGCAGGGUUCGGGGACGGCUACAUGGGGCACAUGCUCGGCGGAGGUCUGCCGGCUCACGCUCUCAGAGAAGUGUUCAGCGGACCCGGACAGGCCGCCGCCUCUUCAUCCGCGGCGGGCGUUCUGGCCCAAGCUCACCCAGACCCCUUCCCUCCAGGCGCCGGAGCCACCGGACCCAGCAGUAUGAUGUUCGCAGGGGAUAAAGACCACCGCUUUAAGUACAAUCACAGCCCGUUACCUGUGGAGGGACAGCCGAACCCGAGCGCCAUCCACCUCUACAACCACGCCAUGGCCAGAAAGGACGGCGUUCCUCCUCCCCCGCCCAUCCCAGCACCGGGACAACCCUGGGGCUCUCCUUCCCAAGUCGGGGCUCCACCACUACCCCUCGGCUUCGUCCCACAUGUGAACUCGACAGCAACAAUCAGAGGACGAGGCCUGCCGUUCUGAAAGACAUGAAACCUGAAAGCGAACAAAACGGCUGGAGGACUCCGAGUCGAGCCUGAAGCCUCUCAGGCCGGAGCAGACAGAUCAGCAGAUGCACACUCGGUUUGUAAUAACUUCAAUCUGUGUAAGGCGUCGUGUUCCUCCUCAGCCUGGAAUGUGGAGUGUGUCGCAGAAGGACAAAACAGCGGAGGAGCUUUUCUUGCUCAUACCAUUUUCAUAUUUUUUUGUAAUCUAUUCUGCUGUCUUUUAAAUUAAACUUUUACCUUUUUUGAGUGUACAUUUAUCAGGCCGGGUACAUUUUAAAAUCUCUACCUUAGCCUUUCUGUGACUGCCCCAGGGCGGACUAGUAUUAAUGUUUUGCACUACUGACUGAAGUAGGCGGAAACUAUUUUAGCUAUGAAAGGAAAUGGAUGAUGUGCUUUAUCUGCACAAUUAGGAAUCUGACCAGUAAUGUAGUGUCCUCCUUUUUUACGGCCAUGAUUAUGUUGAAACAAUAAUGGCUCACUUGAUUGGGUUGAUGGCUCGGGUUAUCGGCACAGGGAGCGAUUUGAGAAAUGAAAAAAAAAACAGAGACUAUUAGUUUCCACAGAAAGACUGGUAGCACUUGGAUGAGCGCAGUAGAUGAAGUGAGAGAGAAAAAAAAGGCUGUUUUCACUUUAAAUUCCACACGCCUUUUUGCCGGUAGGUGUUGUAAAAUCAUGAGCAGAACAAAAAUAACCCAAGUUGAAAAAGGAAAGUGUCUGUUUUUUUUGUACUAAAAUGAUUUUGUCCCCCUCCCUCCUCCCUUUGGCAAAUGUUUAUUAAAGAAAUGCCAACGAUGUAUCUCUGUCUGUCUGAUUUCUGCAGGAGCUGGCUGCACAUUCGGACUCAAAAACCUUUAACUGCAUGACUAUACAGCUGCCGUUUCAAGUUUCUCCAUCUUUGUUUUCUUCAGUUUGUUAGAUGUCCUUCCCUCCUCUAAUAGCUGAACUCUCCUCUCUUCUCAUCCUCUGAUCCCGGGUCCUGCUGUCCACAUGCCAAGGUGUUAAGCGGUAAGACAUUAACCCUGAACUGUAGAUGGGAUUUGCUAAAUCUGAACGGUACUUGGCAUAGCAUCCUCAGCUGAUGGUGUGUGAAUGGCUGAAUGUGACAUGAUGUGAAAGUACUGAUUGGAUAAGUUAAUUUAGGAAAAGCUCUCGGAUAAAAGUGAGUUUUAAAUCAACAGUUCAUUUACUGAUUCAAGGAGUAUUCCGGUGUAAAAUUAAUUUAGGGUCUUCUUUUUAACUUUGCCUAAUUUCUUUAGCAACGAGACUAAACACAACUCAUCUACUCUCUUCCAGCAGCUGCUUGUUUGUAACGAGACCUCGGCCAGUUCCUUACGGACUGCUGCAGGGUGACGCAGCUCAAGGAAGAACAUUUAUGAUCAUUUCUUUAUCACUUCUUUGAAGAAAUAAUCACCAUAUUCAUAAUUUUGCACUGCAGACGCAGUAGUUUUUCUGCCUUAGCGUCUCGGUCUGAUUGCAUUUCCAUGAAGAAAUGAUCAUAAAUGUUCUUCCUUGAGCUGCGUCACCCCACUGUAGUCUGUAAUGGACUGGCCUAAUGUUAUCAGAAUUAACUAAUAACAUUGUCUUAGGGUUUUGACUAAUCAGAAUCAAGUAUUUAACACAGUAAAUGGUUGGAAAGCAUUAAGAAAGCUGGAUUAUAAUUAGACAAAGAAAACCUCCACUCAAAGUCAGGUUUAUUGAUUUGACCGCGAACAAUAUUUACAAAGUUUGAAGAGAAAAAAAACCCAGACCUUUAGCAAAAAGUGUCACUCGUUUUAUAUUAAAAGUAUUACAUGAAUUGUGUGUUAUUUAAUAUUUAUAUUGAUAUAUAUAUAUUGGAAACCUCUAAAACAGUGGUUCUCAACUGAUGGGUCCCGACCCAAAAGUGGGUCGCAGUCACAUUUUGGAUGGGUCACGAACAGCUGGUCAAAAAGUAAAUAUUUUAUAUGCAUCUGAUGUUUGACAUGUCUCUUAUUUUGAAAAAUAGCUUAUUUUGAAAGGCACGUUUUAUGUCAAUGUCCUUCUCGGUUUCUUAUUAAUGUGGCCUGAAUGCAGUAAAAAUACAUCUUUUCUUCUUUUUUUUUUGUGAAUUUUAUAUUUAUUCACUUUUGUCUAUGCUGUUGCAUGCUCCUCCUCAGGUUUUUCUGAAUAUGUUCUGAAUGCAGAGACGCAUAUAAGUAAAAAAAUUUCAUUUUGCUGGUAUCCAUUUUGUGCAAUUUUGAGUCUUUAAGGUUUUUUCUAAUAUAAAAAAUAAAUUUGCUUGGUUUGAAUUUUAUAAAAGUGGGUCACAACUUAAGGACCAUGGGAAAAUGUAGGUCCCAGAGUGAGACCAGUUGAGAACCACUGCUAUAAAAUACAGAACAGAAAGAGUUCCUGCUCUAACCACUGGGUGGCAGUGUCCUGCUAACUAUCACCCUCUCUCACUCUCCCUGCAGUGCUCCCUCAUCAAACAUCUAAAUACCAUCCCUCUGAUGUGGAUUGGCAUUCAGCGCUGCGAGUGAAAGGAAAAUCGCUCUCUUUCAAGCUUCACUCAGAACCAACAGACCUUAGCAGUCAUGAUUACACAGCUGAAUCCUGACACUUUGAGCACACACACCAUUCAUAACGUGUCAUGCUCCUCAAGUAAGUUACAAUAAUACAAAUAGACACAUGUGGCUUCUUCCUGUCGCAUGAAAACCUGCUUCUUUGGAAGAGGAGACAGGUUAGUAUUGUUGACGCUCUUUACUGAAGGAGACAACAUGAUUCAGGAGAUAGCGGCGCACACAUCGACGCGUCAAAGAGCUCACAGAUUUAAAUACCAGUCAGAUCCUGUAGACUUCAAGUACUUUCACUUAAGCUCUGUUCUGAAUGGGAAACAGCUUCACAACAAGCACAAAGCUGUCCUCCUGAAUGCUUUCUCUGUAUGACAGAAAUCGAAAUUUUACUAGAUUUCAGAUGACUGAUUUUUACUUAAAGGAUUAAGGACAAUCAUAAAAGGUAAAUUUUUGAAACUCCAAAUCAGAAUUCAGACUUUUUUCCCCCCGGAAUCAUAACUCUGAUUUUAAACCAAAAAUUCUCAGGAAAAAAAACAAAACUGUGAGAAGACAUUAAUAACAUAAAACUAGAGUUAACUACUAUCAGACCUGCUGACUGUAAUCACAUUAAAUUAACUUAACAUUGUCCAUAAUUACUCAUAUCCUAACCCUGUAAACUGAAUUCAAUUUGUUUCACCAUUACAUGAGCUGUUGUUGUUGUUGUUUUAAUGUUGCUGCUGUCCUCUGUCUCUCUCUCCCUCCCUCUCCCUUACUUGUUCUCUCUCUCCUUCCCUCUAUCUUGUUCUCUUUCUCUUCCCCUUCCCUCUCUCCACUUCUCUAUCUCUCCCCCUAUCUCUCUGUAUUCCUCCCCAAACCAGCAGCGGCUUGGUGGCUGUCUAGCAUGAGUCUGGUCCUGCUCAAGGUUUCUGCCUGUUAAAAGGAAGUUUUUCCCCGCCACUGUCACUCAUGUUAGAUGAGAUGGGUCAAAUUCAAUCUUAGGUUGGGUCUUGAUAAUUCAUCAAACAAUGAGCGUGGUCUAGACCUGCUCUUUUUUCUUUGGAAAGCGUCUUGGGAUGACGACUGUUGUGAAUUGGCGCUAUAGAAAUAAAAUUUGAUUGAUGGAUUGAUUGAUUGAGAAGUCAGACCGCCAAAAGAAGAUGUCAGAAUUCAAAGGAAAUUCAGAGAAUCAAGUCAGAAUUCUGAUUUCGAAAGUAACCGAAAAACAAGUCAGAAUCUUCAGAAUGAAGCCAGAGUUCUUACUGAAAACCCAGAAUCAUUGGAAAAAAGUCAGAAUCCUGAUUUUCUUCUGUCAGAAUAAAAGUUACCUUUAAAGUCAGAGUUCUAACUUUAAUCUCAGACUUCUGGGGAAAAUGUCAGAAUUCAGAGAAUAAAGCCAGAACUCCGACAUCAAAAGUAAUUUUGACUGAAAAAAAAAAAAGUCUAAGUUAGGAUUUUUUUUUCUGUCAGAAUAAAAUUACCUUUAAAGUCAAAGUUCUAACUUUAAACUAAGACUUCUGGGACAGACAUCAGAAUUCAGAGAAGAAUGCCAGAAUUAUAUAAAAAUUUUGAGAAUUCUGACUGUUUCCUAGAAACUCUUACUUUAAAGUUAGGAGUGUGACUCUAAAAAUCAUUUUUAUUCUAACAAACAAACAAAAUAAAAAAGAAAUCAGAGAAAACAAGUCAGAAGUGUGACUCUAAAAAUUAUUUUUAUUCUAACAAACAAACAGGACAAUUUAAAGAAAACUGAAUUCUGAGCUGAAUGCAGUUUUUCGAGACAGAAGUUAAUAUUUUGAGCAGAAAGUCAGAAUUCAACGUUUUUUUUCUUCUUCUCAGAAUUUUGACUUUAAACUUUGAGGUUUGACUUCAAAGUUCGGUCCGCCUUCAAGUGCUGCUAUGAGACUGAAAAUCCUUCCUCAUUCAUUAUAUUGCAGACGGACGCUUCGCUCUGCAAGGCGCCCUCCUCCACUCCCACACAGUUCAUCUUUAUCAUAUAUUAAAGGUUUCUGUUACAUAAGAAGCUUUUCUUUCAAGAGUUUCCUGGUGAAACAUUAGAAAAUACGACACUUUUUCUGAAGAUGUCUUAUGAAAUCAUGUCUCACGUAUUAACAACACCCCUCUUUUCUCUUCCAGGAUGACCUGAAGUCCCAGUCCCUCUGCUCACCACACCACAUCUGUCCAAAUCCACAUCAGAC